AUGGGAAGUCACGCGACCUCCAGAUUCAGGUCUCGCCACGGCAGAUCGCCAGAAUGGCGACACGCCAAGAGACAUGAUAAAAGCACCUCACGUGACCUAAGACACGACAUAUCACCAGAGUGGCGACACAGCAAAAGAUACGACUGCAGCGUAUCUCGCGACCCCGUUCACACGGACGAUGACCGACGAUACCGAGAAACCAAACGCACGAGAAAUGACCAGGUGAUAACGGGAGCCACCCCCUUCAUGGAGAGAAUUUUGAAAGCAAAGCUCCCCAAAGGAUUUGAUAAACCCACGGACAUGAAAUACGAUGGAACCAAAGACCCCCCAAAAGCACUUAACGGCCUUCGAAGCCAGAAUGAACCUAGAAGGCGCCACCGACGCCGUCCGAUGCAAAGCCUUCCAGUGACCCUAGCUGGGCCAGCAAUCAAAUGGUUCAAUUCCCUCCCCAACGGAUCCAUAACCGGUUUCCAUGACAUAUCACGGAGGUUCAUGACCCAAUUCACCACCAAAAUUACUAAGGCCAAACACUCCAUCAGCCUAUUGGGAGUCACACAAAAACAUGAUGAAUCUACGGGAAAAUAUCUUGACCGAUUCAACGACGAGUGCCUAAUAGUCGACGGGUUCACAGACUCGGUCGCAAGUCUCUGCCUUACAAACGGACUCAUGAACGAAGACCUCCGCAAGCACCUUACCACCAAACCAGUAUGGACCAUGCACGAGAUCCAAAACAUCGCCAGAGAUUAUAUAAACGACGAGGAGGUUAACCAGGUAAUUGUUGCCAACAAACGGCAACACAACAACACCCAACAUGGCAACCCGGCACCUAGACACAACCCACCACCCAGAGAAAGCCAGAGGGAACAUCCCAAACCAACAAACACAAGCCAACCACCAAAAAUCGGCAAAUUCUCUAAUUACACACCCUUGACAGCCCCAAUUAUUGAGAUAUAUCACCAAAUAGCAGAUCGAGGUAUCAUCCCAAAAGCACGACAACUCAAAGAAAGAACGGGCGGCAACAAAACCUUUUAUUGCGACUACCACCGAGGUUACGGGCACAGGACACAAGACUGCUUCGACCUUAAAGACGCCCUCAAACAAGCCAUAAGAGACGGCAAGCUCCCAGAGUUCGCCAAAAUCAUCAGAGAACCAAAAUGCACGGAAAGAGACAGGUCGACAGAAAGAGAAGGAUGCAACCCGAGAACGCAAAAACAACACCCGAAGGAAAACCCAGAGGACGAUCCAACCAUAAUAGUAAACGUUAUGACAGGCAAAGACAUAUCGGGUAAGUCAAAAUCAACACUAAAAAAAGACCUCAAGAUCCUGGCCAUCAGAAAUCAAACCCCAACCACCACUGCCGACAACACGGUAACUUUCCUACCCGAGGACUGUCAGCACGGCACCUCGGCUGAAGACGCACCUUUCAUCAUCUCGGCAAGAAUCGGAACAGGACUAGUACGUAGAAUAGCCCCAUUAGAUUUAAUAGGAGUAUAUAUAAUUUGA